AUGUCUCCUCACUGGAUUCUUUCUGUGGCACUUGCACUGUUUUUCCUUCAAAACGGAGAAGGAUACAGUGGAAAAGCGAAUCUGAGAAUUGAUAUCACUUGCACAGUUCGAACGGAUUGGUGUUUCAAUCUCACUAUUGUCACUGUCGUUCAACCCACCAAAACAGUGAAACUUUCCAUACUUCGUCACGUUCCUAUGCCAGCAUUUGCAAUGGACAAAAAAGUUCUGGAGAAGUCAUUCUGUUGGUAUAAUCAUGUAUCAGUCCAUCCGAUGUUCAAAAAUGUCGAACUUCCGUCACCAACUAAAUUGGGCGCCCUUGUAAGUUAUCAAGUCUCUCACACGUGUUCCACUGAUAAGAAACCAGAUUGCGUGUUUCUGGACUAUGGAUUUUACGCUCCUUUUGGUGAGGAAACCAAAUUUCCACCUCAUGAACUGGGAAUCGAACAAGGUAGAGGAGAGUGUCCGGAUUGGAAAGUAAAGCAAUAA